AUGAUGUCUUCAAUAACUAUUCUAUUAUUAUUAUUUUUAAUAAUAUUUGAAUCAAUAUCUUCUAUUCCUUUAUUGAACACAACAUCGGGUAUCUAUAUUGGUCAUACAGUUAAUUAUCGUGAUAUAACUAUUCAACAAUAUCUUGGUAUUGAAUAUGGUCGAAUAAAUAAACGUUUUGAACGUGCUGAACCAAUUAUUCGAAAAAAUAAUUCAAUUAUUAAUGCAACAUCAUUUGGACCUGUAUGUAAACCAACAAUAAAUUCAUGUACAAUAAAUAAUGAUAAAUAUCCUUUAACAACAUCUUGUAUAGUUACUUAUGGAAUUUUUUCUAUAACAUCAUCACCAAAUGAACAAUGUCUAUAUUUAAAUGUUUAUAUACCAAUUAAUAAUAAUAAUAAUAAUGAGAGAAAAAAACCUAUAUUUAUGUGGAUUCAUGGUGGUUCGAGUCAAGUUGGAACAGGAAAUAUGUUUGAUGGAACAAUUCUUGCUGCUUUAGGAGAUAUUAUUGUUGUAACAUUUAAUUUUCGUCUUAAUCUUUUUGGAUUUCUUUCAUCAGGUGAUGAACGUUUAGAAGGUAAUCUUGGUUUAUAUGAUCAAUCAAUGGUACUUGAUUGGAUAUAUGAAAAUAGUGAAGCAUUAGGUGGUGAUAUUGAACGUAUUACAAUUGGUGGUCAUUCAGCUGGUGCACCACAUGCUUAUUAUUUAGCUAUGUCACCAUUUAAUCGUGGUAGAAUACGUCGUUUAAUAUUACAAAGUGGUUCUCCAUUUAAUAAUUGGUCACAUAUAAAAGCUAAUGAAGCUUUAGAAAGAUUUAAUGUUGUUGCUGAUGAUAAUCAAUGUGGAAUGAUGAUAACAUUUGAUGAAAAAUUAAAAUGUUUACGUGAAAAAGAUUAUGAUUUGAUUGGUGAAUAUGAACAUUAUACAUAUACAGGUGCUAAUCAUACAAAUGUUGUUAUUAAUGGUAAUUAUAUGAACGGAUUUCGAACAGAUUUAGAUUCAAAUGAUACAUUAGCAGAUAUUGAUAUUCUUAUUGGAUCUACUGAUGAUGAAGGUGUGUACGUUGCAGUAAUACCUAUUCAUAUUGAACAACCUAAUCAAGAAUUUAUAAUACUUGAUAAUGUAAAUAUUACUGAAAUCUCACUAAAAUUUCUUGAUGCAAUGCUACCAGAUAAAACAUGUUUAUAUCAAAAAGCAUUAGAAUUAUAUCAUAUCAAUGAAAUUCCAAAUAAUUGUUCUCAAUCACUUGAUUGUUAUUGUUCUUCAUUUUAUAAUUAUUCUCAUCUUGUAAGUGAUGUUUUAUUUUAUAAUGAUUAUUAUCGUUUUCUUAUUCAACGGAUUAAACAUUCAAAUAAAACAUUUGUUUAUGAAUAUUCUUAUCGAACAUCACAAGAACAUCCAACACCAUGUAAUGAUUAUUUUCAUAGAAAUAAUCUAGUUGGUCAUUUUGCUGAACUUGAAUAUACAUGGGGUACACCAUUAUUAUUUGGAAAAACAAAUUAUUCAAAUGAUUUAAUACCAUUAAUUAAUUAUAUUCCAUAUGAAAUAAAUUCUAUAGAAAAUUAUACAAUUGAACAAAUAGAAUUUAGUGAAUUAAUUAUUGAACAAUGGUCAAAUUUUAUUAAAUAUGGUCAACCAAAUAGUACCAAAUAUAAAAAUCAAUGGUUAUCAAUUGUUAAUACAUCCAAUGGAUUAAUAAUGGAUUUAAAACUAAAUCAAAGUGAAUUAAAAAAAUUUGAAAUUCCAAUAAAUGUACAGUUCUGGAUGAAUACAUGUUCAAAAAAAGAUAAUUCUAUUCUUGUUAAUUUAAAUGAUCAAGCAUCAAUUGAUGAAAUAUCAUUUACAAUAUUUGUUUGUACUAUUAGUUUAUUUCUUGUAUUCAUUAUAUAA